AUGGCUCAUUUAGAUGGUCAAUCGGAUCCAUCCGGUGAUACAUAUUACAACCUGGGCUCCUAUCAUCGCGACGUGAGCACGAAUAGUCUCGAAGCUCAGACGUGGUUCAACCGAGGCCUCAUCUGGACCUACGCCUUCAACCAUGAAGAAGCAGCAGAGUGUUUCCAGAAAGCCAUCACUCACGAUGCCAACUGCGCUAUGGCCUUCUGGGGACUCGCAUAUACCCUCGGCCCUAACUACAACAAACCGUGGCAGUUCUUUGAGCAGCGCGAGCUGGAGACAACCGUACAACGCACAUAUCAAGCAGUUCAAAGCGCCAGGAACAACACUGCCACAGCUACGCCCGUGGAAACGAUGCUGAUAGCGGCUCUGCAACACCGGUACCCACACAAUCAACCAUCCUCAGACUUAUCCAUGCGGAAUGUAUCCUACGCCAACGCCAUGUCCUCCGUCUACAGACAGUUCCAGAACGACCUCGACGUGGCCGCGCUCUACGCCGAUGCCCUCAUGAAUCUCACCCCGUGGGAGCUCUGGGACAUCAAAACCGGCCAACCAGCCGCCAACGCACGCACUCUGGAAAUCAAGGCCGUGCUGGACCGCGCCCUCGCUCAACCCGGAGGGCUGCGCCACCCCGGCCUGCUCCAUCUCUACAUCCACCUAAUGGAGAUGUCCGGCGCCCCCGAAACCGCCCUCACAGUCGCCGACCACCUGCGCGGCCUCGUACCCGACGCAGGCCAUCUCAACCACAUGCCCACGCACCUGGACAUCCUCUGCGGGGACUACCGCGCGGCAAUGGCCUCCAACCUGGACGCUAUCCGCGCCGACGAACGCUUCGUCGCGCGCGCCGGCCCCGUCAACUUCUACACCCUCUACCGCUCGCACAACUAUCAUUUCCGCAUCUACGCCGCCAUGUUCGCCGGCCGCGCGCGCGUCGCCCUCGACACCGCCGCCGAGCUGGAAGCCUCCAUCCCGGAGGAGCUACUGCGCGUGGAGUCCCCGCCCAUGGCGGACUGGCUGGAGGGGUUCCUCGCGAUGCGCGUGCACGUGCUGAUUCGGUUUGGACGGUGGCAGGAGAUCCUCACGCUGCAGCUGCCACAGGAUGCGACACUGUACGCCGUCACGACGGCGAUGAUUCACUACGCGAAGGGCGUUGCGCUAGCCGCGACGGGUGCCGUGGAGCCGGCGGAGGAUGAACAGCGAGAAUUCCGCAAGGCCGCUGCGGCGGUGCCCGCCUCGCGCAUGCUGUUUAACAAUCGCUGCGUGGAUAUCCUCGCCGUUGCGGGCGCCAUGCUGGACGGCGAACUGGAGUAUCGGCGCGGAGAAGCGGAGACAGCGUUUGCGCAUCUGCGGCGGGCGAUCGAGCUGGACGAUGGUCUGCCGUAUGAUGAGCCGUGGGGGUGGAUGCAGCCGACUCGCCAUGCGUAUGGGGCGUUGCUGCUGGAGCAGGGGAGGGUUGAGGAGGCGGCGGCGGUGUAUCGGGCGGAUUUGGGGCUGGACGCGACGCUUCCGCGGCCAUUGCAGCAUCCGAAUAAUGGACCGCCGUUUGUGCAACUCCCACCAUCUCAUUUGACCAUCACCAUUGCAAUGAGACUCUUCGCAUGGAUAGAACACCUAUGGGGUAUCCAAGUCGCAUGGGCUCUCUCAGAGCCAGGUGCUUUUGCGCAACGAUGUCGCUCUUUUCUCGCAGGCCACCUCGCCAAUUCUCAGCGUCCAACGGUGGACUUUGUCGCUGCAGGAACAAACCUGACAUUCUACGGCACCAACACAACCUGCGAUCAUGUAGCGAUCACUCUCCCUACUGAUCUCUGUCGGGUCGCACUGUCUGUUCCCACAUCGACCCGGUCAGGCGUGGACGUCGAACUGUGGUUUCCCAGCAACUGGACCGGUCGAUUUCUGCAGACGGGCAAUGGGGGGAUCGAUGGAUGUAUCCGAUACGAGGACCUGGCCUACGGCGUCUCCAACGGGUUCGCGACAGCGGGGUCCAACAACGGCCACGACGGCAAGACCGCAGCCGCGUUGUACCAGAACGACGAGGUCACCAUCGAUUUUGCCUGGAGAGCUCUUCGCGCGAGCGUAGUCGUGGGCAAAAACCUCGUCGAAUCGUUCUACAACAAACCCCACAGCAAGGCUUACUACAUGGGCUGCUCCCUGGGCGGCCGCCAGGGCAUCGACGCCGCAGCCCGAUUCCCCGACGACUUUGACGGGAUUCUCGUCGGCGCGCCGGCCGUCGACUUCAACAACAUGACAUCCUGGCGAGCGAGUUUCUUCCCCAUCACCGGAAGGCCUGGGUCUCCGCAGUUCCUCACUAAAGCGCAGUGGGCACUGGUGCACCGCGAAGUGCUCAGGCAAUGCGAUGGGAUUGAUGGCGUCGAGGACGGAACCAUCAGCGACCCGACGUUGUGUCAGUUCCAGGCGGAUCGUCUGCGCUGUGUCGCCGGCCGCGUCGAUGGAUGUCUGAGCACUGCGCAGGUCGAGACCGUCCGCAGGGUGUUGGGUCCGCUGGUAGACGAGGACGGCCAGCUUAUCUUCCCGGCUAUGCAGCCUGGUAGUGAGAUCGCCGCGGCGGAGGGACUGUACUCUGGUACGCCGUGGCUGUAUUCUACCGAAUGGUUCAAAUACGUCAUCUACAAUCCCACCUGGGACCCCGCCAGCUUCACCGUCCACGACGCCUACGUCGCCGACGCGCGGAACCCAGGCGCCAUCCGCACCUGGCCGAGCGAUCUGUCCGCGUUCCGCCGCCGGGGCGGGAAACUCAUCCUCUACCAUGGCCAGCAAGACGAGAAAAUCACCAGCUUCAAUUCCCAGCGCUUCUACGAUCACCUGUCCGUUGCCAUGGGGCUGUCCUCCGCGGCCAUGGAUGGCUUCCUGCGCUUCUUCCGCGUGCCGGGGAUGGGCCAUUGCUCCGGGGGACCUGGGGCCUGGUGCUUUGGACAGAUGGGCGGGGCGAGCGCGCAGGGCGUGCCGUUUGAAAGAGAGACGAAUGCGCUGGCGGCGUUGGUGGCGUGGGUGGAGGAGGAUGGGCCUGGCCCGGACACGGUCCUGGGGAGGAAGUUUGUGGACGACCGGGUGGACCUGGGGGUUGAGAAGGAGAGGGCUCAUUGUCGGUAUCCGCUACGGAGUAUGUAUGCGGGUGGCAAUGCCUCGCUGGCGGGGAGCUGGAGGUGCAUGUAG